UCGCUACAUAUAUAUAUCUGUCUCGUAUCCUGUUAUCGCCUUUCGUUUCUUAUUCAUCUCCAUCCAAAAUGGUAGAACCUAGACCGAGCUCUCCAAGAAUAUCAGACGGUGAUGAUGAAGUCAACGUGGACGAGGAAUUGAGUCUCAUGCAAGCUCGUCUGGCACAGAUGGAAGCGGAGAAGAAUGCUAUAGCAGCUGGGGGGUCGAAACCUUCACCAGCUCCAAAGAUACAAGGGGAAGAAGGUGAAGGGGAUGCUAGUAUGGAAGAUGAGGAUGCUCCUGCUGCUGUGGACGCGAGAAGUGUGUAUAUUGGGAAUGUCGACUACGGAGCAACACCUGAAGAAAUACAAGCCCACUUUCAAGCUUGUGGAACGAUCAACAGGGUGACUAUCUUAUGUGAUAAAUUCACCGGACAUCCAAAAGGUUACGCAUACGUGGAAUUUGCCGAACCUUCAAUCGUACAGAACGCUCUUGUAUUGAAUGACUCUAUGUUCCGCGGACGGCUUUUAUCUGUGAGAGAGAAACGAACAAAUAUCCCAGGGAUGAACCGUGGACGUGGUCGAGGUCGAGGGUUCAGAGGUUUUAGACCAUUCCGUUCUCGUGGCCGGGGACGAGGAAGAGGAUGGUAAUGUUCGACUUGUAGUCUACCACAAAUUCGGAACGAAAUGAACAGAUCAGGUAGAUUAAUACUUUUUUGUAUAUCCACUACUACGUUUUUGGACAA